AUGAUUCAAUCUGAGAAGUCACCCGACACUAUGGGUCCCUCAAUGCCCCUCUCCCCCAACUCGGUCGUGGACGGCCAGCUCCCGCAAGGGUUCUGUGAGUUGGUACAACACAACAACACAGCGACGUUUCCACGAGAGCAGAAUUCGGCAGAAGCGACCAGCCUCCACAGCUCCUCUUACCCACCAUCGAGAUUGUCCAGUCCGGCGCCACAAGCGGGGAUGAGUCCUCAUCUUGACCAACAUGCUGUGCAACAGUACGCUCCGCAAGGGACGUACAAUCCGCAAUUCUUCCAGCCCGCUUAUGGACAUGACGGCAGUGCUUAUCCAUCACUGCCGGAGGAGCCGGUCCAACCAGGAUACACAACCCCGGCAUCUUCUCCCUCGCAACGAUCGGACGUCAUCAGCCUGCGAAAUGGCUCCGUCGCCAGGUCUUCGAGCAUGCGGCCGCUCGCAUCAAAAAGUCGCUCAGACAGGCCGCAAACCAAGAAGGCCCGCGCAAAGGCAGCCAGGAAAACGCCGAAGAUCACCGAACCGCUCAGCGAGUCAACCAAACACUUGAGUGUGCCCAUGAUCGACAUCGAGGCAUAUGUGAAUCGGUCAGAGGCUGAGCGUAAGGCUGAAGUCGAAAACAGUAAGACUCCAGGCAAGAUCAAGCGUCCCAUGAACGCUUUCAUGUUGUACCGCAAAGCAUACCAAGGUCGGACCAAAGAGCACUGCACACAAAACAACCAUCAGCUUGUGUCGCAAGUCUGCGGUGACAGCUGGCCGCUGGAGCCCGAACACAUCCGGAAUAAGUUCACCGAGUGGGCCAGAAUCGAGCGCGAAAACCACGCGAAAACUUGGCCAGAGUACAAGUUUGCCCCCAAAAAGCCGAAAGACCUGAAGAGAAAAGCCGAGGAGGAGGAAGGCGACGAGGAGCUCCCCCUCGAGGAUUACGACCACGAGACGGGCCGGUUGAUCAAGAGGCCGCGUUCGAAUCGGACAACACCCGUGCCCGACGCGGACCACGUGUAUGCACAUCAGGUGCCAUACUACACGCAGUAUUCGCCGCAGCAGUCCGGGAUGAUGAUUCCGGGCCGCGCACAGAUACAAAUGUCCUCGUAUGAGUACACCAACCCGAACAAGCCCAUGCCGGCGCCAUACAAUCACAUGUCGUUUCAGCAGCAGUCGCAUUACUUGUCGUCACAGGCCAUGCCAACCCGAAAUCAGCAACUGAGGAGCUUCGGGGUGGAGGAUGUCGCCUUCCACAAGACAGCCUCGCCAGGAAACCCAUACCACUCGCCACAGCAGACUCUGAUGGAUCAGUACACAACGGCACCGCCGCCGCAGCAACACAUGGAGCAGACUGCUCAUGCGCCUGAUCAGAUGUUCGACCCCCAUUUCGCCGCCUCGUUCGGCAAUCUCGGCGGUGUGCUGUACCAAGCUGCGGGCGACGGCUCUUUCGACCACAACAACCCGCUGCUCCUAGAAUCAAACUCGAUAGAGCACUUCGUCAUGGACGGCCAAGCCAGUCAGGUGACAAGCGAGGGGUUUACUCUUGGCGGCACUUCGACAAGCUUAGAUGGACAGCAGCUAGACGAACAGCUGCGAGGCCUGUUGCAAGGGUCCGGCAGCAGUGACUGGCAGGUCCAACCAAUUUCAAACGGGCAGGGUGAGAGCCAUUACGAGACGGACUGGUCGGCGAUGGACCCUUCGCUGUCUGAGCCGUACAAUGCACAGGACUGA